AUGCGUAGGCGCAACGCAGCAUCGCCUUCAGGCGGUGCACAUCGACGUAACAUGCACGAUGGUGGAUCUUUGCAUGAUAGCGUGACAUCGCGCGUUCUCACUUUAUGGACUCACCAACCACCCAACUUCUCACGGCAUGACUUUGUCAUGAAUCCUUCCUAUGGCCUACCACAAAUUUCUGAUGCUGAGCUUCUUAUGGUACUGCGUGCUUCUGAUAGUGAGGCUUUGCACGUGGCCAAACAUGGCAAUGGUGAUGUAUGGCCUUUACUACAACGUGCCAUUGUUUUUACGCCUAUUCAAGCUCUUGCCGAUCAAGAAGUGAUUCAUCGACAACAACAAUUGCAACUGUCUAUGUCGCAGCAGGUUGCCUCGUUGGCUGAUCUAACGAAUCGAACACAAAUCGUGCUCAGUCGAACGCCUCGGAGUCAGCACCAACUGACACAUAUGGAACUCUACUUUAAGGGCCAGUAUUUGGGACGUGCAGAUAUGUGGCGUCUGUCUCUUUCGUUACUAGAGACAUGCAUAUAUGUUGGACAAACAGUCAAGCUCCCUACCGGGUUGCGCGCCAAAGUGGGUCGUUUGUUCAUCCACGAGCACUCUGUGGCCUCUGGCUUUGUUUCUGCGUCUGUAAAACCCAUUUUUCGAACUGAAUCCGCGCGAGCACGUAUCAUGGUGCAAAUGUCGCGCGAGAUGUGGGAGUUUGACGAAGGCGGGGAGAUCUACUACGAAAAGGUGCUACAAGGUUUUCUUCCUGCACUGCUGCGUAAAUGGGAUGUGGUUGGCACGAGUCACCGUGUAUCUGUGGUACUAUUUACCCGAGUACUCUACGAAGAGUCAGAGAGAGCUCAUUUGGAAGGCUUGCCUGUCCAACGUACAGACAAUGGUCAGUACUAUGUGGAUUAUUACAAGGUGGUCAUGGAAUUGGACUCCAUGCGGAACUGGCCCCAUGUCAUGCGCCGACUCAAAGAAGAGUUUUUCCGAUUUCAGCAUGAUAUUUUGCUGCAGGCACGCUGGUCGCAGGGUCGUGUCGUUCCUACACAAUUGGAGGAUGAGGACAUUCGACAAGACUCAGCUGUGGGUGGUCGUGUAUUGCUAGGUCGGUUCGCACCUGCCUAUGAGGGCAAUAUCCUUGAAUCUAUCAAUUUGGCUUUGAAUAGUGCCGAGCGACACUAUAUCGAUCGAGAUCUGUCUCAUACCGGGUUUAUGCUAAUCGUCGUCACGGCCGGUACUGGCCAUUUCUAUGUCGACAAAACAUUGUUGCGUCUCACAACACAACGUGUAUUUGAUUUGGGUCUGGCUGUGGAUCUAGUAUGCAUGUCGCAAAUGCCAUUGCAUGUUGUACCUGUUUUCCACUACAUGUCCACCGUGACCUCCGAUGCGUCCGGGUCCCGUUUGGUUCGGGGAUCUACAGAUCCGUUGUUCUUUGACAAUAUGUCUCAUGCACCUCGCGAGAUGUUCCACAACAUGCCAUUCUGGGUCAACUGCAGCUUCUAUAACAUGGAGCAGGAUAGGCCAUACUGGGAGUCGCAAUUUGUUUCGCGCUGCCGAAUGGAUGGUGUUGGUGUAUCAGAACUUCUUAGUGCGGGACAACAAGAACUUGCGCUACCGUAUAUGAAUUUGGGUGCAGGCUCUAGUGGUCUUUCAACAUUUUUACGUGAGCAACACGAUCGUGAUAUAUUCGCCUUAGAGCCACGUUCAAUGCCCAACACAGCACCGACUACACCGCAUUUGUCUACCAACGGGGGACCGACAUGGUCAACGCAACCGUCGUGUGUUUCUUCCCAGACCUCUACACCUACACGGGUUGCACCUUUGCUAGCACACGCAUCCCCAGCGUUGUCGACAGCGAGCGAUAUGACACACAAGAUUACCUCUACGGUACCAAGCCAUCGCUCGCCCUGGCGUAUUUCUGCGGCGCAGUUGGCGUCGACGACAAGGGCACCAUCAAUUGCUUCCUCACGCCGUUCUACACGGACUAUUACAUUGGAUGAUCCUGGUAAAGCACUUGCUAUGGUAGGUGAGACCGUUACAUCGUUGGUGGCUGUGCCACAGGGCUCCGUGUCACAAGCUACUCGACCCGCACGUGGAUCGACGACGUCGCUUUGGCGAAAGUUGUUUUCCUUCCCACGUCCAGACCGUCGUCAUGUGAUUACACAGGCUACGGCUGGCGAUGCAUCACGCUUGCUUUGCGAGGCGUUAGGCCGUUCGUCGCCUGCCUCUACAGCGACAACGCAAGAGUCUGUGCUGGUGGUUCACUCAACAGUGGAUGAGACGCGUUUUGAUGCUACAGCAGAGCAUUACGAUACGGGGGAUGCCAUGGCAUCGCCUGUGGUUUCCACCUAUGUGGCGGACUCACCCAGCCACAGUCUUUCACCUGUGAGCAAGAUGACAGCGACCAUGGCUACUGCUACGGCGAUGACGGGGGCAAAUACCACGGCAUCUGGACUUCCUGGUCCCAUGACCGCACAGGAGGGUGGGGACUGGGAUACAUCCACAGAAACACCUCGACUUGACCCAAGCAAUUUGCGGCAAGCCUUUUCGGAGCACAAUGCCAUGCUUCUUCGUUGGCAAUACGUCUUUUUGGAGAGGUCGAAUCACCAUGCUGUCAAAUGGUGGAGUAUGACAAUGCCAGCCUCUCUCCCUUUAACCACCCGCUAUCUACCAACGGAGCACGAACUUGCGACGUCUUGGCAUGAAUAUCCUUAUACUGUAUCUGUGCACUCUGACACUCGCUCCAUUAUGUUACGCCGUGGCUCGUCUACCUCGCCAGCCCUCGCCAUGCUCCGCGAAAUGUGUGCACAACGCCUUGCUCAAGGGUUCCAAUUAGUAGAACGUGCUGUGCUUCGACCAGGCGUGGCACCAGGCACACGUGAUGCCAAGCAGUACGUGAUUCGGCAUCCCAGUGAGCUGUUGCGACCUGGUAAUUUUGCUGAUGGUGAUCCAUUGUAUCUAAGUACAAUGAAUCAGGUACACUGCAUUUCGUAUCACCGACCAACGGGUAUGAUUCAUGUUACACGAUACGUGAAGAAAGUGCCUUAUUCCACUGCGCCGUACUCGUACCGCUGCUGCAUUUGGCCGCGAUUGCAGGCUGGAUUCAAGGUGGCUUCCACACCCUUCUCUUACCCAGAUCCGCAUGCAUACAACUGGACUUACCUUGAUUCCAUGAUUGCGGGGUAUGAAGAUACAUUUACUGAAUCCUUGCGAUAUUGGCGAGCUCGAUUUGUGGUCGUGCCUAGUGAGGGCUCACCUUCGCCGUACCUGACGAGCUCAGGAGAGCCCUUGAACGAUGAAGAGACUCGUUUGCUUGGUAUGGACCGUCUCGCCGACUUGUUUGCACGCGCUGAGUACCAUGCGCCGGGUCAACCUCAUCGUUCGAGAGCUCUACCGUUGCGAUUCCUUCCUACGACGCUCGAUCCAUCGUGUAGUUUGCACGACACCGCCUUCCUCGAUGCGCUCACGGCCCUCAACCAGGAAAUUUCGCGGCAUGGAAUCUCGCUAGAUACCAAUCGACCCCAGCAAAAGGCGCACGAUCUCUCCCUCAAGGCAUUGGCAGAGGCAAUGCAUCAUGCCCGUGCUGCACUCAAAGUCCACGAUCGGGUAUGGCACCGUGUACGAUACCCUGACACAUUUACGGGUGCAGACCUCGUAUCGUGGCUUUGCCGGUCGUAUGCUGAUAUUCAUACCCGUGAAGAUGCUGUACAAUGGGGCCGCAAGUUGUUGGAAGCACACUUGAUUGAGCAUGUGACAGCAUCACACAGCUUUAUGGAUGGCCACUACUUCUACCGCCUUCUCGAGGUGGAACGGGGAUGGCAUUCCUCAGAACCAACAAGUGGCUUGUCUUCUUCCACUACGGCCCCCCCACUGGCGAAUAUUUCGUCUUCCACGCCUACCUCUACUUCGAACGCGGCACGCUCUUCCCAUCCCAAGCGACGGCGUAUCCAGCUCUCCCGCUCUAUGUUGAUUGAUGUCGACCCAGGUCGACGCAGUAAUCGCGCAGAAGUGGCUAUGCUUCAUCAUGAUCUCUCGCACAAUGCAGAAAACGGGUUUAACUUCCAGAUUCAUUGGUUAGGUACUACGGCACGUCUCAUUGACGAUCUUGUACAAACAUGGAUGCGUACUGUAGAGCGGUACGGAUUACGACUCGUGGAGGCGCCUAUUGCGCAGAUCAAAGACUCCCACCAUCACAACCCGUUCCUCUCUGCCUUUCCUAUUGGUCUCGCUUUAGCACCGCCCAAGAAGUCGUCAUAUCUGGCAUUAUGCGAGCAGGUAAAACAAAUUCACACGAUUGCUGCCUACGAGUCCAACAACGAUCUUGAAUCAUGGGUUGUGCGGUAUGUGCUAUCGCGCGAUGUUUUGCAAAUUGAGGUCCUCUUUGAGACUGCCCUCGUGCGCCAAUUUGGAUUUGUGCUGGACCAAGAGGCUCAAGCCAACUACCCAGAGCAGAUUGACCUGCACUACUCGUCACGUCCAAAUAAUUUCGAUUAUUCACAGUAUGUGCACCGCUCUGGUAUCGCUUUUAUUCAGGUAAUUGGCGGUCGUGAUGGAUACCUGUGGCUGAACAAUCGUUUGCUCAAUUCUCAUGUGCACAUGUCACGCUCGCAUACGUCUAAGCCUAUACCACCACCUGAAGGCGAUUUCGAACGACGCGCUUUCCAACGCAUGUGCCACGACAAAGAUGCUCUUGCCUCGUUUUACGAGACAGUAUGGGAUAUUUUAAAGCGCGCUGCGAACGGUCCCGAUAAUAUAUAA